AGAUGACAUCAGUCUUUCCGUUAGCUUUGUUGCUCUGUUUGUCCAGCGGACUGUUGACUGCAUAUGGUGCACCUGCCUGCCCUCCUGAUUGGACUCAGUUUGGCUCUCGCUGUUUCAGUUUCAACAUCCAGCCAAAGACCUGGAUCGACGCAGAGACCUUUUGUCUGACUGCUGGUGGGAAUCUUGCUUCCAUACACUCAGCUGAGGAACAUAAAUUUAUCAGAGACUUCAUUAACCAAGUGUCCGUUACAAACACAUUUUCCUGGAUCGGAGGCACCGACGCAGUGAAGGAGGGUACGUGGUUGUGGUCUGAUGGAUCCAAAUUCGACUUCAUCAACUUCAAUGCGGGGGAGCCCAACAACGGUGCAGCGGAGAACUGUCUUCUGAUUUACUUUGGAGUAACCGGCUGGUACGACGGUUCUUGUACCAGCCAGUUUUCUUUCGUGUGCUCCAAGAACAGCGUGUAACUCUACCACACCAUCAUGAUGCCUCUCCAGCUCAUCUAUAAUCUCUAUCAUUGAUUCACUUUCAGUUUGUUCAGCAGACAGAAACAGCUCUCUGCUGACAGAUGACUCACUUUCACUUGUUUAUUAUCUGAAGAGUUAGGGAACAGUUCACAUUUGGGUUUAAAAUUAGACAGAAACUGGCUCACUGAGCUGGACAAAAACUAAUCAGUAAUUGGACUUUAUUAUUAUUUUAUUAUUGGACUUGUUUAUAAACAGCACCCACUCAUCUGAUAAAAUGUUAACACACUAAUUAGAUUUCUCUCUGAGAGUUAUUGUUCAGAUCGAUAGAACUCAUGUGUGUACGCUAAAUAUGAAGUUCCCUCGACCAGACAUUAGCUUAGCUUAGCAUAAAGACUGGAAACAGGGGGAAACAGCUAGCCUGACUCCGUCCAAAGGUAAACCUACCGAACAUGAGUGGUGAUGAUCUUUUCAUCCAAAAUUGCCAAAUAGAAAAUAAAAGUGUUUAUUUUACUGGACGUUUCUGUGAUACAAGAGGAAAGUGCAACUGUAAUAACACUUCAUAAUAAAUAUUAAUUAUUCAUUUAAUCCAAUGGUUUAAUGAACUGGUUACUUUUUAUUCUUAAAACUGUUG